GCCAGGGAGAACUGUCCCCAGGGAAUGGGGUUACCAGCUCCCAAGGGGGGCGGCAACGCCGCCCCUUAGACAAAGUCCCUGUCUCCUGGAGGUUCUCAUCAGCUGGCCCACAUUACUGCUGCUGCUGGGGGUGAUAAGCCAUUUGGCUGUGGCCAGGCUGAGCCAAGGACACCAGCUUUAGGGGUGGCCAGGGGUCAGGAGAAUCAGACGGGCAGGAUACCGGGAUGCUUGCCGAAAAUCUGAUUCGAGUUUAGGAGAACAAAAACCCGUUUCGGAAGACCUCGACUGGCAGGAGGAGGGCCGGGAAAGGUCCUGAAGCCUGAAGGUUCAGACAGAGAUCUGGUCCCCUCAUCACUGCAGUGCCUGUGAAGCACAUCUCAGAGCGGCAACCCUCAUUGGUCGGCAGCUGUGUCUUCCUCCCUGGCCCACCCACAUCGUUGCUGCUGCCCCUCGGCUCCCGAGAGGCCGCUCGGAUUCUGCGGCCCCACACAUCCCUCAUCAGUGGCUGAUGGCAAAUAAGUGAGAGGCCAAGUUCAGAUCCCAGCUCCUGCCUGGACACUGGAGGUGGCUGCUGCUAUACCUGCCACCCGCAGUUGUACCAACACCAGGCAGGAGCCACACUGUGCACAGAGGCCUCGAUUUCUCAGCCACAUCUGGCCUCAGAGAUAUUGGUCCUGACUCUGCAGGUCUCUAAUCUCUGGUCCUAACACCCCAAUCCCUCCUGGAUUCAAGGCGAUGUUGCCUCAAAACAAGGAGCAGGUGUUGCUACGGAACGCAGCAUCCCCUGGGCACACCCUGCAGAGCCCCUCACAACCUGUGGACUCUCCUCCCACGAGCCUACGGCCUUUGUCUCCCCAGAAAGCACACCCCCUUUCCUGGCAACCUUGCACCCCGCCCCCAAGGACUCAUGUGCCUGCCUCCCACUUCUGCUCUUCUGACUCGAACUCUGACUUUGUCCUAAAUCCCUGCUCUUCCUUUCUCCCAAGUUCUCCCACUUUUUUCCAUCAGAAUUUCCCUUUCAUCCCCUUUUCACGCUCCCCCUCUCCUUCCCAUCUACUUUACUCCUCUCCUCCCCACUCCUCCUCCCCCUGCCAGCCAGAGAAAUCCCUCCUGAACUCACGCUGCCAGUCUCCCUCCCACCAGGGAGACCCACGGAGGUCCACUCUCACGUCUCCGAGCCCCCACCCACGUUCUUGCGGGAUCUACCCUAACAGCCAGACAUGGCACUGGCAUCAGUACAGGGACACCAGGUCCCCUGGAGUGGUGGGGGGAUGCAUGGCAAGCGAGAGGGACCCUGCAGAGUUCAGGGACCCAGGAGCCCUAGCCCAGGUCCUGGUGGCCCACCUGGGGCACCGACGCAUUGCUCACGACCUGCGGUUGCUGCUUUUGCAACGCCUGUGGCUAGGCAAAAACGGCCAGGCCCCGGUCGUGGAGUAUCCCGUGUGCCUGGUGUGCCUCCGGCCCCGCACUCCCUCUUGCCCCGCCCCCAAGUACAAAAUUGGCCCCCGGCUGCUUGCCUUCCCCCAACUACUGCCCUGUGCGCAGGGCCUGGAAUCUGGGCCACUCCGAAUAGGCAUCGGCUUUGGCCUUCGCCUGGCUCGGGGCCAGGCCAGGGCCUUGCAUCUGUUGCCCGAAAGAAGGCGGAAGGAAGCAGAGCCUCAGGGAGAGGCCGCUCAGGCCCAUGGGUAUCGACCACCGGCAUCUCAGUCUCCGGCAGCUCCAACCCCCGUGGCUCAGGGCCCGGCAGAUUCAGCUUCAGGCGCACCCUCCCAGACCGGGAGCCUCAGAUCUGCAAGCCCUCAAUCACCAAACUCCACCCCACGUUCAGGGCUUCUACCUCAGGCACCAAAACAGGCCACUACCUCCAUGAAGCCCAGGCCUUCCUCUGCCCCAAAGAGGCCUGCUUCUCCAGAACGCAUUCUCCUAAAUUCACCACCCUAACUCCAGAGGCACGAAGGCUCCCCGGAACACCACCUCCAAACACCACCAUCCCCGCCAGGCCCCAGACAUCAGGGACCCCCCGAGAUACCCUGAAGGGCUGGUUGGCUGGAGGUCAGGUGUGUUCUCCAGCCCUGAAUCCUGGGAGUCCCUUGUGGAGUUUGCUCUCUCCUGGCUGAAGAGGACCACGAGCACUCAAGGGCUCAUUUAACCUUUAGCCAAUAAAGCCUAAC